CUUGUUUCUUUUACCGUAAAUUUACAACAACUCAUUCGCAUUGACAGGAAUUUUAAGCACCAGGUGCUUCUGGACAGAGGGUUUUUUAGCUGUAUUUUGCAGUCUUUGAUACAAUGCACUGGGAGAUUUUCAUUUGGGGUUGAUUCGGCCUUUGUCUGGCAGGUUGCGAGAUAUGGACGUCUAAAAUUAUAUUUGAGCAGUGCCUCCAGAGGAUGAAGGGCAAGAAACUUCAAUAUUUUAUUUUUAUAUUGAGACUUUUGAGUUUAAGUGUCUCAGGUUAGAGUUUUACCAUGCCAGCCCUUACAGCAAAUUCAGUGACCCUAGAUGAAAUUCUUGUGGUCCGUGCUGGUCCUCUACGUGAAGAGGAGCUCUGGGCAUUGCUCUCUCAGUCUAGUGUAGCAUUACAAGAUGUGUUCAUCAAAGGUAAAGCAAGAAGGAAGGGCCUUCUCACCUAUACAAUCACACCUGAAAGUUUACUUCUCUGUCAUGAUGGCAAAGUCAAGUUUUCACUACACAUAGUUUCAUCAAAUAAUCGCUCAUAUACAGCACCAGAAAUGUACUCAAAACAGGGCAAACCUAUGGGAAGUGAGGGAACUCUGGAAAAGAUGUGUAUUUAUUCACUGGGAAUGACACUCUAUCAUGCUGCUGAGUAUGAGAUUCCAGUAGGAAAGCCUGUAAAUUUGAGUGAGACUUUAGAGAAUGUUCUUCUUUCUAUGUGUGAAGAGAGUUCUCAGUUACGAAUUUCUCUAGUAAAAGUUAUAGAAGUUUGUCAUGCACAUCGUAAAAGACAUCACUUUAAUGACCUCGUUGCAUCUAUGGUAGCAGCUGUUUUAGGUGAUGAAGUACCUGAUAAUGAUGAAGAGGAUUACAGUUCUGAGGAAGAAACAGUUCAUAUCAAUCACACUGAAUUCUUGAAUGGAGAGAGUUCAUCUCUGAUUGGUGAUGAAGUCAGUCCAAGAAGCCUGCCGUCACCUCCCCCCUCAAGGAUCAGCACAAGAGGCCAGGCAACAUCAGAAGAAUUGGUGGGAUCAAAUUUCAGACGGUCAGGCUCACCAACUGAAUUAGCCCUGGUGCCUCGCAAAAGGGAGACUCGCAUUCCUCAUGUUCUUGAUAAAUAUAAGGAUCACCUUGAGAGGGUUCGGAGAGAGCGACAUCAACAAUCUUCAGUGAACAGUCUCACAAAUGGUUUCACAAGCAUGGAGCAGUCACAGCCAAGCUCAUAUGACCAGUCAGAAGUAAUAUCUCCAGACCAGUCUUGGUCCAGGUCACAGGAUCAGUCAAGACCAAGCAACUCAGCAACACUCCAGAAUGGAACAUCAUGGAAGCAUUUACCAUCCUCAAGCUCAAAAACCUUGGAUCAGCAAGCAACAACAUAUGAGGGAGAAUACCCUAAGGAUGGGUAUUUUGAAGGACCCAUAAAAGGUCUUGAUUCUGAAGUAUACUUGCAAUCAAAACCUGACUUGGUUCCUGCUGCCAGAAGUUCAAUGUUGCGUCGUUAUGAUAGUGACACAUCAAUCACAGACACUUCUUCAAUGGUGUCUGGACCACGCUCAUCAGUGAUGUCAGGUCGUUCAUCAAUGAUGUCCAUCACACAAGGGAGCUAUGCACCUGAGUCUUAUAUGACUGAUGGUUAUGAAAGUGAACCUUAUCUCACCAGUAUAGGAAGCUCAGCUUCUAGGGCUGUAUUCAGGGAUGGAAGAGAUUCUCGUACAAUGAGCAGCCGUCCAUAUUCUUCAACAAUGGAUUUGAGGAAACAAGUCAUAACACAGCAAAGCUUACCAACUGGGACUGAUGAAGUGGAUCAUAGUCGCAAGGUGCCACAGCGUUUCCUCUCUGUUCCUGACAUACAUGUCAGUGGUAAUGCUCCAAAAGACAAAAAAGGGGCAAAAGGAUCAAGAACCAAACUUGGAGAUUUCUUUGGUCCUGAGUUUGUCCUGGUUGAGAAAGAUCCCAACCUGUCAGUUGUAAACAUCUCACCUAGGAAAGCAGGUUCUGUACCACAUGGCAGACGAUUAGUGACUGUGAUUAUGCUGAACAGACAAAAAUUGCAGAUGAUGAUUGAGGUGACAUCUACCACUCAAGACUUAUUUGACCAAGUUAUCAAGUACUUAGGAUUGACAGAAAAGUUCUUUUUUGGUUUGACUCAACAACAAGGUGGUGAACACAUCUUUUUAGAUUUGGAUGUAAAGUUAGCCAAGUAUGCUCCAGCAAAGUGGAAAGAAGAGGGAAAACAACCUACAGAAAAGUUUCUCUUACACUUUAGAGUCAAAUUUUAUGUGGAAAAUGUUGCACUCAUCAGUAAUCCACAGACAACUCAUCAGUUCUACCUACAACUGCGUGAAGACAUUUUGAGGGGUCAGCUUUACUGUCAUGAGGAGGCAUCCUUUAACCUUGGAGGACUUGCGCUGCAAGCAGAGACAGGAGACUAUAAUGGUGCACUCCGUGAUGAAUACUUCCUUGCUGAACAUUACGUUCCAAACAAGAUGAUAGAGAAAAUUUCACUUGAUCAUGCUACACAAGAGUUACCACGUUUUCACAAAUCAUGUCAUGGUUUGUCAGAAGAAGAGGCUGAACUUGAAUUUAUAAAAGAGGCUCAGAAACUUCAAGAGUAUGGAAUCCACUUCUACAAAGUACAAAGACAGAUACCUAACACAGGAGGAGGAAAGUCAAAGAAGAGUAAUAGAGAGUCAGUGUGGCUUGGAAUAUGUGUCCGUGGAGUCACUGUUUAUGAGGCCCGUGGACAUAUGAAAUUUCCUGUUAACAGACAUUCGUGGCCAUUUACAAAAAAGCUCUCCUUCAAGAAAAAGAAAUUUUUCAUAGAACCAAGGGAAAAUCCUGAUACACUUAAGAUGACAUUUUACACAGAUCAUUAUAAAAAGUCCAGGUAUCUUCUUCAGAUGAGUCAAGCAUUUCACAGGUUUCAGAUGAAGAUGAAGACCAAAAUGUCUAUCUUGGAUCAAGAAAUGUCUCAAAGUGCUGUUGAUGAGUCACAAGCCAGGGUUGAUAAUGGCUCCACAGAUGUAUAUCAUCGCCCACCAUACAUGAUGGCACGGGAAUCUUCUAAAGAACAGUCAGAACCACGUGCUGAGAAUACUCAUGAACGUCAGAGGAGUUUGGAAACCAAUCGACUGCCCGAUGACAAUCUGAGACAAACUUCACGAGACCCCCAGAAUGAAAGGAGGCGUUACUCAACAAGCGAUGAAUCAGAAGACAGCACAAUGUACCAAACACAGCAGAAACACACCCUGCCUGAGGGACUCUCAAUUUCAUCAUCUCAACGGCAGUUCUCUCAAGAUGUGGAUGAUGAGAGAGAUGUUGAUAUGCCUUACGUCAUUGAUUCCACCCUAAACUCCCAGAAGCUGAACAAAGUGAUAAGCAGAGAUUUGUCUGUUGAAGCACAAGAAGAAAGGAGCUCUGAAGUGGUGGCAUCUCCUGAUAGGGAAAUUUGUACCAUCAAGUUUGAGAAAGAACCAGGGAAAUUGUUAGGCAUCACUGUUCUUGGUGGUGAGAAUUCUAAGCGACUGAACCGUGGAAUAUAUGUCAAAUCUGUUACUGAGGGAGGUGCUGCCUGGAAAGAUGGUCGGCUGAAAGCUGGUGACAGAAUCUUAGCGGUGAAUGGCCAAAGUUUAGAGAGAGUCACUCAUGAGCAUGCAGUGUCUGUUCUCAAAAAUGUCACAAGCCCAGUGGAACUUAAAGUAUCACAGAGUUCAUUCCCUCUCUCUUCAUUAGAUCUCUCCAGCAUUCCAAAUAUAAGUGCAAUCAAUGAGGAGCCUCAGAGCCUUGAAAUCAAACCUCUGACACCAAGAGAUACAUCUUCAGCUGAACCUGAUCACAAGGAAAGCCUGUCAUCAAGAAAACAGUCUCCAGAACCUCAUCGUUCAACCUUCACUUUUCCAUCAGAGGACGAACCUGUCACUAUGAUUUCUAAAUCAAUCCCUCCUUCAGUGAUGUCAGUGCCAUCAGCCUCUUCACGCCAAAGAACAACUAGACAAGAUUUUGUUGAUUCACACAAAGUUUCCCAAGCAAAGUUCAGUUCCAACUCUACAGAUACUGGAGAACCUAGUAUUCAACGGAUAACUAGAAGUACGCCUCUAGAAGCUAAUGUGAUCCACAGCUCAUUACUGUCUGCUACAAUGCCACUGGUCUCAGCAAGUGUUGCAAGCCCUCAAGGGGAUUCCCCUAAUGGAAGGCAAGAAUCUCUCAGUGGUGAUGAGAGUGGAGUUUACAGUGAAGAUGCUUUGCCGGAAAGAGCUUUUGUUGUUGAAUUAGAGAAAAGAGAUGGAGGCCUAGGUUUGAGUGUCAGUGGUGGAAUAAAUACCAGUGUCAAGCUUGGUGGAAUCUACAUCAAGUCUCUCCUUCCCAACGGCCCAGCUGAUAUGGAUGGCAGGGUGCAAAUUGGUGAUCGUAUCUUGCAGGUGAAUGGUAUCAGCUUGGUAGGAGUCACUCACAAACAGGCUGUAGAGACCAUCAAAAUGGCCCCUCAAAGAACUAGACUUGUCUUGGACCGUUCUGUGGCAGUCAACAUUCCAAAGUCCUCUGGAAAAAAGACAAGGUCACAACCUUCUGACAAGCCUUUUAUGGUAGAGCUUGUGAAAGGUGUGGGAGGCCUAGGGCUGAGUUUGGUUGGUGGAAAGGGAGCUGGGGAAGAGCAUGGUGGUUUUCUCAGAAUCAAGAAGAUGUUUCCAGGACAACCUGCAGCAUCUUGUGGCAAACUUCAGAUUGGUGACAUUUUUCUUGAGGUUAAUGGAAAUAACAUGCAUGGUGUCACUCAUCAGGAAGCCAUAAAUCAUAUACGCAUGGGUCCUCAAGAAGUAAAGCUCCUUGUUAAACGAGACCCAUCCUCAAUUCCUCAAUCUCUUUUACAAAGAACAGGGUCCAAUGCCAGUGAUGUAGACCCUGCCCAAAUUCUUGCAGACAUUCAAAACAAGCUAAGAAGCAAUCAUUCACCAUCACUAAGUACUCGGUCAUCAGAUUCAUCAACCAGGGAACAGCAUUCACCUAGAGAUGAGAUUGUAAAGGUACAAGAGGUCUCAAACACAGAGGCACCUGUUAGUUUGAGGUCUAGUUUGAUGGCCACUGAACCAGUGAAGUACCCUGAUCACUCUGAAUUAAACCGCCCUGGGCUUAUUAACAGAAGCUCUGAACCAGCCAUUCAGGUUAAGACUGUGCACAACACUUUAGCAGCAACGAAUUCCCUACCUAAUGUGAUAUCAGUCAGACCAACAGAAAGUCCCAAAAUCAGUAGACAAGAGGCUUUCCACUAUGGUGAAGAGGAUGACGAUGGGGAUGUAUCUUCCCUUGGUGAUGCACCAUUAGCUGAAGAUGAGUCAAGUGAUGUGGAGGAUUCACGGAGAACAUCUUCAAUUGACAUUAUCCCAGCUAAUUGCUCUAUUUAUGAUGUAGCAAAUGUACAGGAACUUAUGGGGAAACUUUCCACUGUUGAAUCUCAGGAGGAAAGACUGGUUGAGCCCAGUGUAGCAGAAUCAGUAAAGACAUCUGUAGUAAGUGAUGGACCACCAUUGCAGGAGGAAGCUGUUCCCUUUUCUUCUUCAUCAGAGUCUGAGGGGUCUGAUGUGGAAGGAGAGGAAGAGCCAGUUAAUAAAGAUGAUGACAAAGCAACAAAUUCCACACCAAAAAUUGAGGAUGAAAAAAAAUCUGCAAGCAUGACUCCUAAGGAAGAGGUAUUACACAUAGAUUUGGUUAAAGGUUCCGGUGGCCUUGGUUUUACUCUGUCAGGAGGAGCAGACACUGUUGGGGGAUGCUUUGUGAGGGAUAUUGUUGGUGGUCCAGCUAAAGAGGAUGGCCGUCUGCAUCAAGGAGAUCAAAUACUGAGGGUGGAUGGCCAUGACAUUUCAAGUAUGAAGCACAUGGAUGCUGUUAAUAUUCUACGAGCCACAAAGCAGCAUGUUAAACUUGUAGUGCUGAGAAGACCAACAGGGUGUGUGGGCUCAACAAAGACAGGCCCUAUGGAAGUUGUCAACCUGACGCGGACAACCCAAGGUAGAAUUGGCCUGUUGAUCAAAGAGGGUGAAGAUCAAAAGAUUUAUGUUGAGGAUGUUGUCCCAGGGGAGCCAGCAGCUACUCAGGGGAGUUUGCGUCAAGGAGACCGAAUUUUAGAGAUCAAUGGCUCUAAAGUGGAUGGCGUUGGCUUUGUGGCAGCAAGACAGCAUCUUGAUGCAGCAAGACCAGUUGCUAGGUUGUUGGUGGAAAGAAGGCCACACGAAGUUGAAUCCAAAUAUGCCAUGAAUCCACAGACAAGCCAUGAAGUCCUUAGCCAAACACAGUCUCUUGAUAUCCCAGAUGACAACAGGACUGGUUCAAGUGAGGAUGCAUAUGACAGCAGAGAAGAAAAUGGUGAUGGGAAAGAGAUUGAUGAUGAUGAGGAAGAGGGUGAGCAGUUUACCAUGAAGCUUGAUAAAGGACCACGUGGAUUUGGCUUUAGUCUGGUGGCAGCACCAACAUUUAAUUCAAAUGCUCAAGGAAUUUUUAUCAAGACAAUAAGCCCGGACAGUGUGGCCGAGAAUGAUGGCAGGUUAAAAGUUGGAGAUCAGAUCUUGCAGGUCAAUGGAGAAGAUGUUCAAGGUCUCAGUCAUGCAAGGGUCAUUGGUAUGUUAAGAAAAAUUACAGGAACAGUGGAACUGGAAAUUAGCAGACCAUCUAAACUAUAUGGAGCAGAUGCUUCUGUGUCCUCAAGAAAAGGAUCCUUAGUAUCACCAGAGACAACAAGAGCCCCUCUUGAAAGAGCACCUCACUCUGUUGACCUUGAUAUUACCUUAGAGGACAAGGACAAGACACUUAGUGGAUCCAGAGACAUACAAGAUGAAGAUGAUGUCACUGAACUUUUGAAUGCUAUCUCAGUAGCAAAUGUUGAAUCAUCACCUCCCACAAGUCAAGUCCAACAUAAACAACCUUCUUUACAAAAACGAGACACAGAUUCUGUCUUAUCAACCUUACUUGCAUCGCUUGAACCUCCUCCUUCACCCCCCGAGUCUUUGCCCUCUGUAGAUCCACGGGAUUUUGACUCACAGUGGGAAAGUGGUUACAGUGAUAAUGAAGAAACUCCAGAUCUGGUUUCCAAGAAAUCUCGACAGUUUUUCAAAAGUGGAUCUAGUUCACCAGCAGGUUAUACCAACAUAGCCAAUGAUGUUACAAACAUACCCAAACCCAGUGAUAAUGAUACACAUGAAGUUAAUCAUACAGAUGUAAAUAAUGAACUUGCUCAUGACAGUAGUAUUGGAGAUGAAAGUAGCAGUGAUGUUGAUGAUGAUAUCGACAUCAAUGAUGAAGAUGUAUUUGACAUGCUAAGAGACAACAGCCAGCUGGUGAUUAACAUGUUGAAUGAGAAUGACACCACAUUAGCAGAAGGUGUUGUGGACAGUAACAAUACAGACAAUCGAGGUAUUCCUAGAAAUGGGAAUAUUCUUGAUGUGCUAGAGAGACCAUCCGAUGUGCCGCCACCUAUCCCAACCACACCUCUACCCUCAGAUGAUGAUGAACCCCCAGUCAAACCACCACCAAGAGUGGAAUCUUUACCAAAGUUUUCAGGGAGUGAUUCCUCUUCUAAACCAGUUGUAAAUGGUACAAUUAGUGGACAUGUCAGUAGAGAGGAGCCACCUUCUGCAACAGAACCAUUGAUUGAUGUGGCUGAAGAUGGUUGCUACACAGGACAUCAGCUUGAUGACCUCAUUAGAACUGUGCGUGAAAAGCUAGACUCAAAUGUUCCUGCUGAGGAGUUUAAGGCACUGAGAGAGAUCAAGCAAACAGAUGGCUGUGAUAAGGGAAAGAGACCAGCAAACAGGGACAAGAACAGAUACAGAAAUGUGCUGCCUUUUGACAAGACAAGAGUUAAGUUGAGUGGAGAUGGUGACAAUGAUUACAUAAAUGCCAGCCAUGUGAAGAUUCCAGUUGGUGAUGACAUCUACCACUACAUCGCCUCUCAGGGUCCUCUCCCCAAUACUACUGAAGAUUUCUGGCAAAUGAUCUGGGAACAGGAAGUGAUAGUUAUUGCCAUGGUAACAUUAGAGAUAGAGGGAGGAAAGGUUAAGUGCCACAGAUAUUGGCCUGAAUCUGAGGAUCAACCUUUGGUUUUCAAAGAAAGUAUGUCUGUGAGUCUUCAAAGAAAGGAGGAUUUUGAUUCAUUUGUAGAAAGAGAAUUUCAAAUCAAUAACCUUCAGACUGGUGAAACUAGAACAGUGUCUCACAUAAACUUCACCAGCUGGCCUGAUCAUGGUGUACCAAAGACUGCUGUGGAGUUGGUUGAGUUUGUUCGAUUUAUGCGGCUUCUUGCAGAUGGUCCAGGGCCUAUUGUUGUUCACUGCAGUGCGGGAAUAGGUCGAACUGGAGCUCUCAUUACUAUUGAUGUGGCAAUGGGUCUCAUGGAGAGAGAAUCAUUGUUUGAUGUUAAUAAAAUCAUCAGGAAUCUGCGUGAGCAGCGACAGGGCAUGAUUCAAACCAAAGAUCAGUACAUUUUCUGUUACAAGGCAUGUCUGGAUGUACUUCAAUCACUGAAAAGUACCUAGAGGAGUCAUUUCAUACAGGCAGUUGAAUGGCAUUUGCAUGUCAUGUUCUUUACACGAAAAUAAUUACAUAAGUUGUUUGGAGUUGUAAAUUUAUUUAUACUUAUGAUCCCUCGAAGGGCAUUUUGUCAGUUUAAGAUUUUCUGCCCUUUUUUAAUAAAAUAGAUAUCCUUGUGCUUGUUAACGUAGCCAGCUAGUAUAAUAUAUAGUUAUUUUUAAAUAAUAAGAACUCAGAAUUAUUUUGAUAUUUGUAUUUUAAAAAUCACUUGUCAUCCUUGUAUUC